AAACCAAAAGAAGGAAGCAGGUCUCGAUGGUUAAGAAGUUCGUAUUCUUGCGUUUAUUGUUGCAUUUACACUGAAAUCCUCAUACUUUAGUGGGGUUCAAAACAUUAAAAUAUCGUUCCUUCUUCGUGUCCUGGUGAGAUCGUAAACGCGCGAGGUAGCUUAGCUUGCUAGCGACGACGUUAGCGAGACAUCGCAAAGCAGAGCUCGCGUGUGAGCGUCGUGCCAAAAUGUGUAAAGUCGAAAUGCUGAGAGCGUUGCUCAAUCAGCGACUGAGUGCAGCCGUCGAAGAAAUAUUUGUCGUUUUUGAAAGAACGAUAGCAGAAUACGAGGACGAACUUUGUCGGACGAAAGAGGAAAACGAGCGACAACGUCAUCUCCUGGACGCAGUUUUCAAGAAGCCUCAAGUUGUGUUACACAAAUCGGGGCUCAGUGAUGAAGAUGUGCCCCCUUCGCUGCAGGAGCGGUGCUUCAGCGUGGAGCAGCAGGAGACCGAUCCCCCCCAUGUUAAAGAGGAAAAGGAGGACGUGUGGAGCAGUCACGAGGGCGAGGAGGGGCAAGGGCUGGAGCUGCCUUUGUUUCGUGUCGUCGUGAAGAGUGAGGAUGAUGAAGACGAGCCUCGCUCCUCACAGCUUCAUCGCAGUCAAAGUGAGAGCAGAACAUCCCAAGCGGACAGCCUCUUAGCUCCACUGUCAAAUAGUGAUGACACAACAUCACACUCUCUUGACACUGACGACGAACACGCUAAAGGUGAUGUGACAUGUCACACGCACAACACGCAUGUGAGAUGUUCUGAUUGUGGGAAAAAGUUAGGGGACAAUGACACGAGAUGUCACGCUCGAGAAAAACCCUUCAUUUGCUUGGUGUGCGGAAAAGGAUUUUCUCGAAAUGAGCAUUUGACCACACACACCAGAACACACACGGGAGAAAAACCAUUUAUCUGCUCAGUUUGUGGCGGAAGAUUCUCCCAGAAGGGCAGUUUGAAGAAACACAUGAGAACGCACACCGGAGAAAAGCCAUUCAGCUGCUCGGUGUGCACUAAAACAUUUAGUGAUAGUUCGGCAAUGAUGAGGCACUUGAGAAGACAUACCGGAGAGAAACCUUUUACCUGCUCCAUGUGCAACACCAACUUUACUCAUCGUUCAGCUUUGGUGACCCACUUGAAAGUGCACACUGGAGAAAAACCCUUUCCCUGCUCCGUUUGUGGUAAAAGGUUCUCUGUAAAGACACAGUUGACACGACACAUGAAAAUACACACUGGCGAGAAAGUGUUUAGUUGCGGCGUGUGUCAUGAAGGAUUCUUAUACAACUACCAGCUUGCUAAACACAAGUGUCCUGGUGUGAAGUGUAGCAGUCGGAGCAAUGAAGCUGCAGGACUAUAAAAAAUAAAAUGGAGCAGCACGGGGAUAUUUCUUUUUGUACAUACCACAGUGUCCUCACACUCCUAACACCCUAAUACCCAAAUUAAAUUAAAUAUUGUAAGGACCACAACAGUGGUUACGAUAUCAAGUUAUACCAUAGGCUGAAUUGACACUGAAGGUCAAAGUGCCCAGUUCCAAUUUACAGUUUACAAUUUACAGUUUACAAUUGCCUUUCACCUACCGUGCCCACUUUUUUUUAUGGGCGGUUCAUAUCUACAUGUCUGUGUCGGAAAUCCCAUUUAUAUAUAUAUAUAUAUAUAUAUAUAUAUAUACAGAGCGAUCGUUCUUAUGGGAUUUUACAGCUACCAAAUACUGUACAUUAUUUAAAAAAUAUAUGGAUUAUUAUUAUAUGUAUAUAAAAUAAUUUACAUUGAAGCAAUCUGGCAGGAUUUUUGUUCUCUUGAGCUCUGAUGAGCUGGUCAAGCAUUCUCAGACAGUAAACUUAGUUUAAUUUUAAGCCUUACGAUAUCAAGGCUGUUUUGUAUAAAUUACUUGAAAGUGGCAAACAAAAAUACUUCUGACAUUAAAUAUAUGUAAGUAUUGGAAAUAAAAGUUAGUAUUUUUUAAGUGAAGAGAGCAGAACAUAGAAUUAUAAUUCUAUGUUAAUCAGAAUUAGUUAGAAUUUUCAGUUUUUAGAUAUUUACAUAUUAUGUUUAUGUACUGAGUUAGUUUCGAUUAAAGAUUUGCUUGUUGGCUCAUGAGCGAAGUUAACUAGCACCCACAAAGCAAGCCGUCAUUGAAACGACGUCUUUUCUACAUUAUGGUCUGCUGUAAAAAAUUAAUAAAUAAAUAAAACGAGCGAGAGAUCAUUUUGUGGGUGAAGGAUGGAUGUUUUUUCAGACAUCUUUUUAGGGCGGCUUCAGGGCAUCCAGUUAAGACUUCUCCAGGAUAUCUGUACGAGGUUGAAAUAUGGUUUAAAAAUGAUCGGUGUCCUCAUGACGUCUGAUAUUGACCAAAUGAAAAUCUAUAUAUACAAAAUUAUUUAAAAUGUUGACCAAAUUCAUGAUGUUUGAUAUUAUGUAUGAAAUAGUUUCAUACAGCUUUCAAAAUACAUUUGAAUAAAAGUUUAUAUUUAAUGUCAUUGUUGUGUGUGUUUAAGGCCAGACUGUAAUCAUAAUAAUCAUAUGUCUCGUCAUUUACGUUACAGUAUUCCUUCAAAAGUAGACCAUUAUUUAGAAAUGUUACUUUAGUACUGGGUGUAUAGUAUUUAAAUAGUGACAGGAGAUUAUACCAAAUAAUACUGCAAAAAUGAUUAUCAAUCUAUGAUUUCCAAACAGUUAUAGAAGGCUACAGGCCAGCUCGUUGAAAGUUUCCUCUCAGAACACAUUACAUAACAAAGUAAAAAAAGAAAAGUUCAAUCAAGGCUGUUCUGGAAUGCUACCCCACUUCUCGAUGGAGCGUGCGUAAGGUGUUUCCCAGCAUGUCUGCGAACAGCAUCCUGUGUUCUCUUCUGAACUGUUUGGAGCGCCGCCAGUGCCGUUUUCUGGCACGUGCAAUACAUGCAGCCGCACAGGGUGGCAUAGAUAGGCGGGCAGCAACAUUCAUUCAAGUACUUGUCUACUGGGAGGUGCUGAACAAUGUGUCACAACGUGACAGUUUGUCAACAAGAAAAUGUCCUUGCCAAGAGGGCAGGUGCUGGACCAAAAAGGGCACUUAUUUCACCAAGGGAAAAAGGGCUGGUGCUUGAGCACCACUUUGGGUCGAUCUGUGCACGCCCCCGAAGGACGUCAUUGACCAUUUGCAUCAAGGCAGGCCAGAAAGCAUAACACUUUUGAAAU